GAUCAGGGUGACGGGAAGCUGCACUCAUUGGCCCUAAAGUCUUUCGGCCGGCCGGCUGAGCUCGCAGGUAUAUUCAAAAGCGCCUCUCCGCUCGCUCCUCUUCUCGCCACCCGUCUGAACCCGACGGCCGGCAAGGCUUCAGCACGUACUCUCGCAGUUUUGUUGCUUUUUAGCGCCUGUCUAUUUUUAUAGACUUUACCGAGAAGUGCUGGUCGCACUUUGCAGGGUGCGCGUGUGUAGAGGGUGGGGGCUGAUGUCUGUGCAUAUUUCUUAUUUUUAAAUCACCUACUUCCCUGUUAGGGACAUGCUUGGCUUCCUGAUUCGAAGACGCGCGUCUGAGUGGCGGAGCUGUGAAAAGAACGCACACGCACCCUUGGUGACAUCCCACAGCACACAAGACACCAGUGACAGGUGACAACCGGUUCAAGAAUAAAUGGAAAAGGUUAGCUUUGUGUGGAGGACUGUACGUUCCACUUCAGCGCCGCGACUUUGCCGACCUUGACCGCGAUCGGAGGGAGACUGCAGAUCAGCAGGUGCGCUACUCUCACUUACCAGCCCAUGAAGUUGCUGUUUUGUUCAUCUUAAAUGUAAACUGGACUUAGAUCAAUCAUCUGGAGGCUAAGGGUAUUGAUCAUAUCUGUUCUGAUCAGAGAUCUAUCACGGACUCAGAUCGACGAAGUGAUGUGAACGAAGUGGACCUGAAGUGUGUACUGCGAAAUCUGAAUAACGGACACCGGACCAUUUGGGCCGAUCCGAACUAGGACUGUGUAAUAUGACUUGAUUGUAACUUGCCUAUCGGAAAGUAACAAAAUAUUUUCCUCCCUGUAUGGAAAUGCAGAUUUUCUGAUUAACCAACUGCCCUUCAGGUAAGCUUGAGCCUGGUUCACUAAUCAGAUGCAGUAUUUUGGAUAUCUCAGGGUUUGGUUUACCUGAUCUCAGCAUAGGCAAGACUGAGAAUUUGAACUUUACUUUUUCAUUUUUUUUAUUACUCCCGGUGGUGAUCAUUGAACUUCCAUCGUUUAAAACUCGGUUUACUUGUCUAAUGUGAUAUCAACCUCAUUGAACUGAUUUGAACUUCAUUUCAAUACAACCGAGACCAUUAGGAUUGUGCCGCCAGCCCAAUGAACUGAAGGGGUGAACCGGAGCGAGCCCAGUAGCAACCAUGAAAUUCAACGGGUUUUUAAAGCUGCGUAUCGGCGAGGCAGUGGACCUGAAGCCCACGGAUUUCUCCCAGAGACACACCGUUCUGUUCAAUAAAACUGCGGUCUGUCUUGAUCCUUACAUUACGGUCAAUGUGGACGAAUGGAGAAUCGGACAAACCCACACGAAACAGAAGACCAACAGCCCCACGUACAACGAAGAGUUCUCCGUGAACGUGACCAACGGCCGAAAGGUCGAACUGGCGGUCUUUCACGACACGCCGAUCGGCUACGACGACUUUGUGGCCAACUGCACCAUCCUGUUCGCGGACCUUAUCGGCGCCAGCAACUCGGAUGAGACCUUUGAAGGAUGGGUUGACCUGGAGCCGGAGGGCAAAGUCUUCAUUGUCAUCACCCUCACAGGGACCUUUGUGGAUGAGUCAGCGACCAGCAAUGGCCGGAUCUACAAACAACUGUCCAGGAAGCGUCAAAGAGCGAUGCGCCGACGAGUGCACCAGGUGCACGGACACAAAUUCAUGUCAACGUACCUGCGGCAGCCAACCUACUGUUCCCACUGCAAGGACUUUAUUUGGGGAGUGUUCAACAGACAAGGAUAUCAGUGUCAAGUCUGCACGUGUGUUGUGCACAAGCGAUGCCACCAGCUAAUUGUCACAGCUUGUCCACGCAUGAAAAAGCUCUCCAACGAUGAGGUCACUGCCAAGGGGUUCGGUAUCAACAUACCUCACAAGUUCGAGAGCCACAACUACAAGAAGCCCACAUUCUGUAACCACUGCGGCUCCCUCCUCUGGGGUCUAAUGAAGCAAGGACUGCAAUGCAGAAUGUGCAAAAUGAAUGUGCACAUUCGGUGCCAGGGAAAUGUGGCACCCAAUUGUGGCGUGAACAACGUGGAGCUGGCCAACAAGCUGGCAGAGAUGGGCCUGCAGGCAGGAGGGCUGUCCAAACGUCACUCUAUGAGACCCAAUCCUGCUAGAGCACACAUGGAGUCAGGAGAGCAGCAGAUCAGCUCGGAGUCCCAGGGGAAGAAACUCUGCAUCUAUGAUUUCACUUUCCUGCAAGUUCUUGGCAAAGGCAGCUUUGGGAAGGUAAUGUUGGCCAGGUUGAAAGACAGUGAACAAGUCUUUGCAGUGAAGGUGCUCAAAAAAGACAUAAUCCUACAAGAUGACGAUGUUGAGUGCACAAUGACAGAAAAACGUGUCUUAUCAAUGGCUGGAGAUCACCCAUACCUCACCCAGCUGUUCUGCUGCUUCCAGACUUCAGACCGUCUGUUCUUUGUGAUGGAAUUUGUGAAUGGCGGAGACCUCAUGUUCCAUAUCCAGAGAUCACGCAAGUUUGAGGAGAGCCGCGCCUGUUUCUAUACUGCUGAAAUCACUUCAGCACUCAUGUUUUUACAUGCUAAAGGAAUUAUUUACAGAGACCUCAAACUAGACAAUGUGUUACUGGACAAGGAUGGCCACUGCAAGCUGGCUGACUUUGGGAUGUGCAAGGAAGGAAUGUUUAAAGGGAUGGCAACAGGGACCUUCUGUGGAACGCCCGACUACAUUGCCCCUGAGAUCCUACAGGAGAUGUUAUAUGGACCUUCUGUGGACUGGUGGGCUUUGGGCGUCCUUCUGUACGAAAUGCUGUCAGGUCAUGCACCGUUUGAGGCAGAGAAUGAAGAUGACCUCUUUGAGUCAAUCCUCAAUGAGGAGAUCACCUAUGCAUCCUGGCUGAGCUCCUGUGCUGUGGACAUUCUGCAAGCAUUUCUGACAAAAAAUCCUGCCAAGCGACUGGGAUGUGUUGAUGCCCAAGGUGGUGAGAAUGCUAUACCUGAUCAUCCAUUCUUCAGUAAAAUCGACUGGAAGAUGCUGAACCAAAGAAUGCUGGAGCCACCAUUCAAGCCUAGAAUUAAAUCAUAUGAUGAUGUGAACAACUUUGACCCAGACUUCACCAAAGAGGAGCCCAUCCUGACACCCAUCGAAGACCAGAUGUUUCAUACUGUCAACCAAGAUGAGUUCAGACACUUCUCAUUCACUCGGGCGGACCUGAUCAGCUUGUGACCUGCAGGGAGCUACUCAAUGCCAACCCAUAUGCCAACCUGACAAAGUUUUGUUUACUUAAUUUCAAUAUUUCACAAAAGGACCAGCAAAUAUGCUGUACUUGAACACAUGGACUACUUUCUGGGUGUUAGCUUUGUACUGUAAAUGUUGCUUCAGUGAUAUUUAUUAACAAGUAGAUGGCAAGGAAACUUGGAGAUAUGUUCAACAAAGAGCCGCUUUUAUUUUUGAUGAACAACGGGCAUAUUAUUAUUUAAGGCUUUUUAGCCAAUUUUCACCAGUAUUUGCAACAUGAGGGAUUAUCGUUAUUUAAAUAAAAUUGACAUUUUAUUGA